AUGCACAGUGCAACCACAAUCACAUUUGUGGAUCCCCUAAGUGUUGUGUUGGUCCCGUCAGCGCACCGACAGUCUGUGCAUGUCAGCCUUCUUGCUGUUGCUGCAAAAGUGCUCCAUGCUGCUGCAGUAAGCCAGCCUGCUGUUGCUGUUGCCAGCCCGUUCGUUGUUGUUCAGUACCCUGUUGCUGUAAACCAGUCUGUUGUUGUUGCAAGUCAGUCUGCUGCUGUUGCAAGCCAGUCUGUUGCUGUUGCCAACCUGUCGCCUGUUGCAGCACUCCAGCAUGCUCUUGUUGUCCAGGAUCGUGUUGCUGCUGUAAGCCAGUAUGCUGCUGUUCUAAGCCUGUCUCCUGCUCUUGCACACCAGUCUGUACCUGUUAUCAGCCUUUCAGUUGUUGUAGCACGCCAGUUUCCAGUUCCUGCAGUACUCCAGCUUGUAGUUGUUGCUGCACCCCUCCUUGCAGUUGUUGCCAACCAUCAUGCUGUUACAAAAAGCUGCUUACUCUCCGUUGUCAACCAUUUCACCGUACUUGUACUCGACCUGUCUGCAUUACAUGCAGCUUCCCUGUAUUUUAUCAAAAUUGUUAUGAUCGUUCCUUUCUUUGUCCCUGCUGCUUACACAGGAGAAAGGAUUUUGGACAGUCUAGUUCAGACGCAACUAGCAGUCAAACGACAACCAUUAUGCCUUUCUUACAAAUUAGUAUUCAGUAACUACUGA